AUGCCCGCAGAGCCACUGUAUUGGAAUGUUGGGGAUGUGCUCUUGGAUCGCCCGACUGAGUACCAGGGGCCAUCUUGGUCGUGGGUCUCCAUUCAAGGGCCUGUCAGAACUGGUGCGAGAUGCACCUGUCCCGUCGAAAUCCAUUUAAUCGAGUUUAGCUUGGACAAUCCUGUGGCUCGAUUUGGCGCUGUACGCAAUGCUGUGCUUUCAAUGGAAGGGCAUUCUAUGAGUGUGGAAUGGAAGACAUACGAACAAGAUGCAGAUGAGCAUCCUGUACGCACUGGCAAAUGCAGAUGGCGUAAAGCAGACAUUGAAGGCGAAAAUUUCCUUGACGUCAAUCUAUCAAUAACUCCAGAUGCACGAGAGUAUAACUUUGAGUAG